GACAGUACUUCUCUCUGAGUGACAGAACCUGCAUGAUGUGGAGCUUCAGCUUCCUCCUCUUUUGGGGGUGUUGUGGUGUAUACACAUGGGACAAUCUCUCAGUACCUUCACUGGAACCAAUGACAACGCAUGUGAAUGGGUGUGCAGAUACCACCGUGUGUCCGGCAUCUGCAACCUGCACCGACACUUCAACAGGUUACUACUGCAGUUGCAAAAAAGGCUUCCGGUCCAGCAACGGAUUGACAACGUUCAGUGACCCAACAGUGAAAUGCGAAGAUAUUGAUGAAUGUGCUCAACAACCCUCACCAUGUGGUCCUAACUCAAUCUGCAGAAACAUGAUGGCAAGGUAUAAGUGCAGCUGUUUGCCUGGUUUUUCUUCUCCCACUGGAAAUGACUGGAUGCCAGGAAAGCCAGGUCAUUUCACCUGUACAGAUGUUGAUGAAUGUGCUCAACAUCCCACACCAUGUGGUUCUAACUCAAUCUGCACAAAUUCGGUGGGAAAGUAUAGCUGCAUGUGUUUCCCCGGUUUCUCUUCUCCCACUGGAAAUGGCUGGAUGCCAGGAAAACCAGGUCAUUUCAGCUGUACAGACAUUAAUGAAUGCCUCUACCCCAGGGUGUGCCCAGCACAUUCUGAGUGUACCAAUGCUCUGGGAAGCUACCAUUGCAGGUGCCAAGUUGGAUUCACCUCUAAAUACUCCAUGUGUGAAGAUGUGGACGAAUGUGCCAAUCCCAGCACUUGCCCAGAGAAUUCGAGUUGCCAGAACAGUCUUGGAAACUACUCUUGCGUCUGUAACCCAGGGUUUGAAUUCAGCAGUGGAAAGAUGAGUUUCCAGGGUCCGGGAGAGACGUGUCAAGAUAUUGAUGAAUGUGCUCAACAACCCUCACCUUGUGGUCCUAACUCAAUCUGCAGAAACAUGAUGGCGACAUAUAAUUGCAGCUGUUUGCCCGGUUUCUCUUCUCCCACUGGAAAUGACUCGAUGGCAGGAGAGCCAGGUCAUUUCACCUGUACAGAUGUGGACGAAUGUUCCAAUUCCAGCACUUGCCCAGAGCAUUCGAGUUGCCACAACAGUCUUGGAAACUACUCUUGUGUCUGCAACCCAGGGUUUGAAUCCAGCAGUGGAAAGAUGAUUUUCCAGGGCCCGGGAGAGACAUGUGAAGAUAUUGAUGAAUGUGCUCAACAUCCCACACCAUGUGGUUCUAACUCAAUCUGCACAAAUUCGGUGGGAAAGUAUAGCUGCAUGUGUUUCCCCGGUUUCUCUUCUCCCACUGGAAAUGGCUGGAUGCCAGGAAAACCAGGUCAUUUCAGCUGUACAGACAUUAAUGAAUGCCUCUACCCCAGGGCGUGCCCAGCGCAUUCUGAGUGUACCAAUGCUCUGGGAAGCUACCAUUGCAGGUGCCAAGUUGGAUUCACCUCUAAAAACUCCAUGUGUGAAGAUAUUGAUGAGUGCCUUGAUAGGUGCCUUUUCAAUGCGACCUGCACCAACACCCCUGGGAGCUACAAUUGUACCUGCCACCCUGGUUUUGCACUAAACAAUGGACAGCUCAACUCUAUAGACCAAAAAGCAGACUGCAUAGAUGUUGAUGAGUGUCUCCAGGAUCCAUCACCUUGUGGUCCAAAAUCUGUCUGCACGAAUACCUUGGGCUCCUAUAGCUGUGGCUGCAUUUUGGGCUUCCAUCCCAAUCCAGAAGGCUCCUUGAGAUUUGGCAACUUCAGCUGCAAAAGGGAUCCCUUCAAGUGUAAAGAAGAAGUGACAGCCAACAAUGAGUGGGCCCAGCAGUGCCAAGUGGGGGCAGCAGUAGAGCCUGAAUAUAUACAGGUUUCCUUUUGCACACUGAUGAAUGCCACCCUGGGUGUUCUGGACAACGUCUGUAAAAACAAAACCACCAUUGUCGUCUCUCUGCAGAGUACUACUGAGACCUUUGCCUCUGUGAUUGAACAAACAUCCACGUGGUCCAACUUCACCAAAGAGAAGACAUCCACCCUGGCCACAGUCUUACUGGAGAGUGUGGAAAGCACCACAUUGGCAGCUUUUCUGAAACCCUCAGCGAAUGUCAGUCAGACAAUUCAGACGGAGUACUUAGAAAUUGAGAGCAAAAUUAUCAACGAUGAAUGCACUGAAGAGAAUGAGGCCUUUAAUUUCAGAGCAAAAGGGGAUGCGAUGGAGAUUUCGUGCUCCACAAUCAAAGAAUCUGAAUCCACAGGUGUCAAUGGGGUGGCUUUUGUCUCCUUUCUGCGUAUGGAGUCUCUUUUGGAUGAGAGCUUCUUCCAAGACCCUCAGAAUUCCUCAGCCUACUCCAAAAGGAAGCUGAAGAUCAAUUCUCGCAUUGUUGGGGGCAUCAUGACAGGAGAGAAGAAAGAUGGGUUCUCUGAAAAAGUCAACUACACUCUGGAAAACAAUGAGCCAAAGCAGAAAUUUGAGAGUCCCAUCUGCGUUUCCUGGAGCACAGGUGUGGAGGGAGGUAGAUGGACACCAUCUGGCUGUGAGAUCCUUGAAGUUAAUAAGACGCAUACAAAGUGCAGCUGUAAUCGGAUGGUGAACCUGGCCAUCAUCAUGGCUUCUAGGGAGGUCACGAUGGAGUUUGCCUUGUAUAUCAUUAGUCACGUGGGCAUGAUCAUCUCCUUGAUAUGCCUCUUCGUGGCCAUCAUCACCUUCCUGCUGUGUCGCACCAUCCAAAACCACAACACCUACAUUCACCUGCACCUCUGCGUGUGCCUCUUCUUGGCCAAGAUGCUCUUCCUCACCGGUGCUGACAAGACUGACAAUCAGACGGGCUGUGCUAUCAUCGCCGGCUUUCUGCACUACCUUUUUCUCGCUUGCUUCUUCUGGAUGCUGGUGGAGGCUGUGAUGCUCUUCCUUACGGCUAGGAACCUGAAAGUGGUGAAUUACUUCAGCUCUCGAAACAUCAAGAUGCAGUAUCUCUGUGCCUUUGGCUACGGGCUCCCAGUGCUGGUGGUGGUUGUCUCUGCUGGCACACGACCAAAACACUAUGGCAUGUAUAAUCGAUGCUGGCUGAAAACAGAGACAGGGUUCUCCUGGAGUUUCUUGGGGCCAGUGUGCACAAUUAUAUUGAUCAAUUCCAUCCUCCUGACUGUGACAUUGUGGAUCCUGAGGCAGCAGCUUUCUAGUGUCAAUGCUGAAGUCUCCAGGCUCAAAAACACCAGGUUACUGACGAUCAAAGCCUUUGCCCAGAUCUUCAUCUUGGGGUGCUCCUGGGUGUUAGGCAUUUUCCAGUUUGGACCCAUGGCCAGUGUCAUGGCUUACCUGUUUACCAUCAUCAACAGCCUGCAAGGGGCCUUCAUCUUCCUCAUUCAUUGUCUGCUCAACCGCCAGGUACUGGAAGAAUACAAGAGAUGCAUGACCAGGAAGACUAAACCCAGCUCCCAGUCCCAGACCUCAGGGGUCGUACUGUUAUCCAUAACCUCUACUUCCAAAAUGGGUUGAAAUCCUUUCUUGCUUUCAAAUGCACCAUGGAACAAUAUUUCAGGAAAGCAGAUGCCUGCAGGAGCCUUCUCUGAAAUCUUCCCUUCUUGGCUUAAUGUGGAAAUUCAGGAUCCCGCCAGCCCCAGAACUCUCUGGGCAAUUUGGAUCAUGGACGGAUGGGUGGGGUGGUUUUCCCAUGGCUUCAUGCCCUGGUGAGAAACAAAACUUUCUUUUCCAUCUUACCAUUUUUUCUUCCACGUUCUGCAACUCUUUGGCUUUCCAGAGUUUUGUGGAGAUAACAGAUUGCAGUACAAUGGCAGGACCAAGAACUUCUGGCUACUAUUUUGUUUUGUCCUACGCCCAUUGAUGUGUGGUUUCAAGAGUGCCUCUCCAGCAUCUAUCACAUGCUUGACACACAGAGUUGCCCUCAAUAAAUGAUUAGU